UUGACCCGGACGAGCUGGCGGCCCUAAUCGCUCGCACCCUUCCGCCAGGGACAGCCUCGCCGACAGCCGAGAUCAUGCGCGACGCAUCCACGGGCAUCGAGCGCGGGUUUGGGUACGUCAGCAUCCCUGGUGGGGAAGGGGUGAAGGCGGGGGCGGAGAGAGCGAUAGCAGCGUACAAUGGGGCCAGGUGGAAGGGCGGCAAGAUCAGGGUGGGCUUCGCCAAGGGCGACUACCUGCAGCGCCUCAAGGCCGAGUGGGAUGCCGCCGCGAAGAAGAAGGAGGAGGCGUCGGCAGCGACAGCGACGGCGGCGGGUGGGCCUAGCAAGACCCCCGUGCCUGCGGCCGUGGCCUACAAGGCACGACCGUUUCUCAGGCUUAGACGGAGGCCCGGAGAGCGCGUUGUUCUGGUUGACCCCACGCCCAUCGCCUGGGCCAAACCAAGCCGGAAAGAUCCCAGGGCUUGGAACAAGAAGGAGGAAGAGGGGGGAGAGGGAGGGGGGGACGGCGGAGCGCACAGGCGCAAGAGGGGCGUGCUGGGGGGCCGGCGGAGGGUAGAAUUCCCGGGAAGGGAGGCGACGUGCUCCACCAAGUGUCGGGAGCUAUGGCGGAGACAUUUACAGGUGUGA